AUGUUGCGCUUCGUCGAUGACACGUUCGAUCCAGAAUUAGCUGCAACGAUUGGAGUGGAUUUUCGGGUUACUUCGAUGAAUGUUGACGGAAAUCGAGUAAAGCUUGCCAUUUGGGAUACUGCUGGCCAGGAACGGUUCAGAACGCUAACACCAAGUUAUUACCGAGGUGCUCAGGGUGUGAUUUGUGUGUACGAUGUAACGAGCAGAAGUUCUUUUGAAAAUUUGGAUCAUUGGAUGACAGAGGUGGAAACAUAUAUAACAAAGGGAGAUGCUGUGAAGAUGCUAGUCGGGAACAAAAUUGACAUGCCAAACCGCGAAGUUUCUCGGGAGGACGGUCUCAAAUUUGCCAAGCGUCAUCGUGCGUUAUUCAUAGAAGCAAGUGCAAAAACAAAAGAGGGUGUGCAGUGUGCUUUCGAGGAGCUUAUUGAGAAGAUCAUACAAACACCUGGACUGUGGGAAAGCGAUAGACCCGCUUUCCGCCUUGGUCAACCCUCGGCGAGCUCUAAUGGAUCAUAUUGUGGAUGCUAA